CGGCAUUUGGCUUGGGAAGACUUCAGGAGGAUCGCUUGGCGGAGAGAAUCCCUGGGAAGUGAUUAAGUGAAAGCCACAACGUCGAAAUGGGGACCAUCCGGCCUCACGUUCUCGCGGGUGUGUCCCUAUGUUGAAUACCGUCUAUGCAGCAUAUAAGGCGGCCUCGCUUCGAUGCCAUCUUCGCUCAACCAGCAUAGGUCCCUCUUCCUCACACAGUCCCAACGAUGCGUGCUUCUUUCCAGGUUGUUCUUCUCGGCCUCGCCUCCGUGCUGCUCUUGAGCGCCUCUGCCGCCCCCGUCACGCUCGAAAGCGAGACCAGCACAGAGCAGCUCGUCGCCCGGGGCUCGCUGCAGCUCACGUGGUACGCAGGGCAAUCGAUGGCCAACCCAGCCUGCCCGGGACAGAAGGCCGUCUCCUCGUCCGACUACGUCGUGGCGCUGCCCAUGAGCCGCAAGAAGGGCAUGUGCGGCAAGUGGAUCAACAUCCGAAAGGGGGGAAAGAGCGUCAACGCCAAGGUCGUCGACUACUGCGAGAGCUGCGGCAGCAACCACUUUGACCUCAGCAAGGCCGCCUUCAAGAAGCUGGCACCACUCAGUCAGGGCGUCGUCAACGGCGCCAGCUGGAGCGUCCUCUAGAGCAGCCUUGUCUUUUUCAAAAUUGGCGCAGUGGCCCACGACACAUUUGUAUCAUUGCUGUAUAAUGCUCUCCAUCUUUCCUCACCUUUGAGUCUGUCUCUCAGACGACCUCUCCUUAGAUACUCACUUACUCACGGGCACGGUCAAGGGUGUAAAUUGAGACGUGGUUUCGCUUUCUGUAAUCGAAUUGCACGGCGAUGCUUUCAAGAGAGGUCGCCAG